AUGAACCAAGUACCUGUUUUUGUAUUAAGUGAGCGGCAGAGAUUCGCCGAAAUCUUGAGGUACUGUUCGAAGAACUUGUUAGUUGACCUCGGUUUUCAGGUUCAUGGAGCUGUAGUAAGAAUGGGGCUGUCUUUUGAUUUGAUGUUGAACAAUGACCUUAUAGAUAUGUAUGCAAAAUGCGGUAAAAUGGACCAAGCUUCUUUAGUGUUUGACAAAAUGCUUGAGAGAAAUGUGGUUUCUUGGACAGCCCUGAUGUGUGGAUUUUUACAGAACGGCAAUGCCAAGAAAUCGUUAUUUAUAUUUUCUGGAAUGGGAUCAUCAGGUGUUAAACCAAACGAAUUUACAUUUUCAACUGCUAUUAAGGCUAGUGGGGUUGAGAACAACUCAGAAAGUGGAAGGCAGAUUCAAGGUAUGUGUGUGAAAACUGGAUUUGAAAGGAAAUUUGUGGUGGGCAAUUCCAUCAUUGACAUGUAUGCGAAAUGUGCAAGAAUUGAUGAAGCAGUGUUGAUGUUUAUAACAAUGCCAAUUAAAAAUCUCAUCACUUGGAAUGUGAUGAUUGCGGGUUAUACACUUGCUGGAUACAGUGAGAAAGGUCUGCUUUUGUUUCGAAAAAUGCAAGAACAGGGGGAAGUUCCCGAUGAGUUCACAUUCACAAGCACAUUAAAGGCUUGUAAUUGUCUUGGUUCAGUCCAGGGAGGAACUCAAAUUCAUGGUUUCUUGAUCACCAGUGGAUUUCCAUAUUCAGCUAAAACAGCCAUAGCAGGCGCUCUUGUUGAUUUUUAUGUGAAAUGUGGGUACUUAUUAGAAGCUAGAAGAGUGUUUGACCAGAUAGAACAGAAGAGUGUAAUAUCUCGGAGUUCACUGAUUCUUGGUUAUGCUCAAGAUGGGAACUUAGCAGUUGCCAUGGACUUGUUUAGACAACUGAUGGACAGCAACUUUCAAGUAGAUGCUUUUGUACUAUCAAGCAUGAUGGGUGUUUUUGCUGAUUUAGCUCUUGUGGAGCAAGGAAAGCAAAUACAUGCAUAUGCAAUCAAAGUCCCGUCUGGUUUAGACGUAUCAGUAUCCAAUUCAAUUGUGGAUAUGUAUCUCAAAUGUGGACUAAUAGAUGAGGCAGCUAAACUUUUUAGUGAAAUACCUGCUCGGAAUGUGGUUUCUUGGACAGUGAUGAUCACUGGUUAUGGUAAGCAUGGUCUUGGGAGAGAAGCAGUUAGUCUGUUCAACAAAAUGCUAUCAGAAAACAUUGAGCCGGACGAUGUAACUUACUUGGCAGUACUCACAGCCUGUAGCCAUUCUGGGCUCAGUGAAGAAAGUGAAGUAUACUUCUCAAGGUUAUGUCAUGACCCGCGCAUUAAACCUAGAGUAGAGCAUUAUUCAUGUAUGGUUGAUUCAUUAGGCCGAGCCGGACGCUUAAAAGAUGCAAGGAGUCUCAUCGAAAGCAUGCCUCUUCAACCCAGCAUAGCUAUAUGGCAGACAUUGCUUAGUGCUUGUAGAAUACAUGGGGACUUAGAAUUAGGAAGAGAAGUAGGUGAAAUUCUCCUAAAAAUGGAUAGUGAUAAUGCAGUCAACUAUGUUAUGAUGUCAAAUAUUCAUGCUGAUGCGGGCUAUUGGAACGAGUGUGAGAGAAUAAGAAAGCUGGUGAAAAGCAAGGGCUUAAAGAAAGUAGCAGGGCGCAGUUGGGUUGAGAUUGAUAAGGAAGUGCAUUUCUUUUAUGGUGGAGAUGACACACAUCCACAAACAGAGAAAAUUAAUCAAGUUUUGAAAGAAAUGGAGAGGAGAAUGAAAGAAGAGUUGGGUUAUGUUUAUGGCGUGAAAUUUGCAUUGCGCGACGUGGAAGAGGAAUCGAAGGAAGAGAGUUUGCGAGUUCAUAGUGAGAAAUUAGCAAUUGGGUUGGCAUUGGCUUGUGGUGGUAUGGAUGAGCAGGCAGGAAAGGUUAUUAGGGUUUUCAAGAACUUGAGAGUUUGUGGGGAUUGUCAUGAGUUCAUCAAGGGUUUGUCAAAGAUCUUGAAGGUGGCAUUUUUGGUGAGAGAUGCUAAUAGAUUUCAUAAGUUUGAGGGUGGGCAAUGCUCAUGUGGAGAUUAUUGGUGAUGCUGUUUAACCAUCUUCUUCAGUGGAAACUCUUUGUGUCGCUCGCACUUCCAUUUUGGUCUCCACUCCAUGAAUUGGAAGUUGUGAUGGAACCACAUAAUUUUGGUCUCUAUGAUAUGCAUGUUGCAGUCACCAAUGACUGAAAAUUACAAGAAUUAGAUAAGUUAAUCUUAUUAUACAAAUUCAAUAAAACUAUGCAUAUUUAGCUUUGAA